GACACAAGACACAAUGUUUUCCCUAGGCUAAUGUGGAGAUAUACAGAUAUAAUAUAGGCCAUGUGAGUCGUGAAGUUGUGUGACUUGUGUUCAAAUAAAAAGGAAACCUUUUUAUUCAACUGCUACACUUUUACGCUCAACAAUUUAAUGCUAGAUUUCAUUUUUCAUCCAUUUAAGCUGAAACCAGGAGGAAAGAGAAAUUGAUACAGUCAAUUAGAAUAUAAAAUAUUCUUAAAAGGAAAUUUGGGGGGUCUUUCAGUAAUCGAAGAUUUGAAGGCUUAAGUUUGGAGCUUUCAGUAUCACAUCAUCUGAUAAAGAUUUAACAAAUAAAGGGUUUAUAUUUAUUUGACCCACCUUUAAAUAUUUUUUUUUUGUCCUGUUUUUCACAGAAGAUAAGCAUUUUGCUGGACAUCUGCUUUGUUUUUUCAAUCUGGUUGUUAAUUAGACUUGGGGCUGUUAAUGGUACUUUGAGGGCAAUAUACUCUACCUGAAAUCUUUGAGUCUUAUGCAUGUCUGACCCCGUGGCAGCUGUCGAAAACGGGGGAGGAGUUGCAUUGUGUCCAGCGAGAACUCAAUCUCUUAAUGUCUUUGCUUCGAAUUUAAAAGACGGCAUUGGUGCUGUAUCGAAUGGGGAAAUCUCUCGUACAUCUUCCACGGCUUCUGGAUUUCGAGUGGGAGAUAUUGAACUACCGAAUGGAGAAUCUUAUUCAGGGUCAUUGCUUGGAAAUGUGCCUGAGGGGUCAGGGAAGUAUUCGUGGUCUGAUGGUUGUGUUUAUGACGGUGAGUGGAGAAGGGGGAUGAGACACGGGUGGGGCAGGCUUAGCUUUCCUUCUGGAGCAGUUUAUGAGGGUGAGUUUUCAGGUGGUUAUAUGAGUGGCCAAGGUACAUAUUCGUGGCCAGGGCGUAUGACAUAUAAGGGUCGAUGGAGACUUAAUGUUAAACAUGGAUUGGGAUAUCAAGUUUAUGCCAAUGGUGAUAUCUUUGAGGGCUCCUGGAUGCAGGGAUCUCCAGAGGGGCCUGGGAAAUAUACAUGGGUUAAUGGGAAUGUUUACUUAGGAGAUAUGAAAGGAGGACUGAUGUCUGGAAAAGGAUGCCUUACUUGGAUUAACGGAGAUAUGUUUGAAGGUAGUUGGCUGAAUGGAAUGAUGCACGGGUUUGGAGUUUAUACAUGGAGCGAUGGUGGUUGUUAUGUGGGAACUUGGACUCGAGGUUUGAAAGAUGGGAAGGGUGCAUUCUAUCCGAAUGGUAGCAAACUUCCAGCUGCCCAAGAGCUCUACUUAGGUGCUUUAAGGAAACGAGGAGUAUUACCAGAUCUGAAGAAGCAGAACCAGGUGUCUCAUCUUCGUCAAGCAUCCACAGUGAACAUGGGAAAUGUAAAGGUUGGCAGAAGCCGUGAAGCUCGUCGUCAUCCCUCUGAUAAGCUUUCAAAAGGUAAUUUGCUAAAUCUUGAGCAAUCCCGUGAAAAGAACAUAUCUCUUGAGAGACGUUGGAGCCUUGAAGUUGCAAUUGAGAAGGUUAUUGGACAUGAUACAUCAUCUGGUUUCGCUGAAUCACUUACUGAAGGAAGAGAUAAAGAAGCUGAGACAAAUAUUCCUAUUGUUGAACGGGAGUAUAUGCAAGGUGUUUUGAUCAGUGAGAUGGUUGUUAAUAAUUCAUUUUCUCCAAGGUCUAAAAGAGCAAAAAGGAGGCAGAGGAAACUAGCAAAAGACAUAAAGAGACCAGGUGAAGCUAUUAUUAAAGGUCACCGAAGUUAUGAUUUGAUGCUCAGUUUGCAGCUUGGGAUAAGAUAUACUGUGGGAAAGAUCACUCCCAUACAAAGACGAGAAGUCCGAGCAUCUGACUUUGGUCCACGUGCAAGCUUUUGGAUGAAUUUUCCUAAAGAAGGGUCGCAAUUGACACCCCCUCAUCAAUCAGAUGAUUUCAGAUGGAAAGAUUAUUGUCCAAUGGUUUUCAGAAACCUGAGGGAGAUGUUCAAAAUAGAUGCUGCUGACUACAUGAUGUCCAUCUGUGGAAAUGAUGCCCUGAGGGAAUUAUCAUCGCCUGGGAAAAGUGGCAGUGUCUUUUUCCUCUCUCAAGAUGAUCGCUUCAUGAUUAAGACACUGCGGAAGUCUGAAGUAAAGGUUCUUUUGCGGAUGCUUCCUGAGUAUCACCACCAUGUGCGUACAUAUGACAAUACACUUAUUACCAAGUUUUUCGGCCUUCACAGGAUCAAACCUUCUAGUGGUCAAAAGUUUAGAUUUGUGGUGAUGGGAAAUAUGUUCUGCACUGAAUUAAGGAUUCAUCGAAGGUUUGACUUGAAGGGAUCUUCUCUAGGGCGCUCAGCAGAUAAAGUUGAAAUUGAUGAAAACACAAUUCUUAAAGAUUUGGAUUUAAACUACAGCUUUUACUUAGAGCACUCUUGGAGGGAGGCACUAUUAAACCAGAUUGAGACUGAUAGUAAAUUCUUGGAGUCACAGCACAUAAUGGAUUACAGUCUUUUGUUAGGAGUGCAUUAUCGUGCUCCUCAGCACCUCCGUUCAAUCAUGUCUCGUACUAGGAGCAUGAAUUCAGAUGGUUUGGGCGUUGUAGCUGAAGAAGAUGCUUGGGAUGAUGGCAUGUUUGCUUAUCCGCAAAGCCUUGUACUGGUUCCACGAGGAGACGACAGCAGUGUCGUUGUGGGUUCUCAUAUAAGAGGCAGUAGAUUGCGGGCAGCUUCUGCUGCAGGUCAUGAAGAAGUGGAUUUGCUCCUUCCGGGCACGGCUAGGCUUCAAAUCCAACUUGGAGUGAACAUGCCAGCAAGAGCGGAGCGUACUCUAGGGGAGUCUGAAGCACCACAUCAUGAGGCUUAUGAUGUCGUCUUAUACUUAGGUAUAAUUGAUAUACUGCAGGAUUAUAACAUGAGCAAGAAGAUCGAGCAUGCGUAUAAAUCUCUUCAAUUCGAUUCAUUGUCCAUAUCAGCAGUCGACCCAACUUUUUACUCUCAACGUUUCUUAGGUUUUAUUCAAAAAGUUUUCCCACCUUUACCUGAGACUUGAACAGGUUCUGACUACUUCUAUUUAAUUUUCAAAAGAAUAAAAAAAAAUUACCUCUGUAAAUCUAGUGAAUGUCAUUUCUUGUUUUAUAGUGCGUUUAUUUUCUUCAAAAGCAACCAAAAAAAAAAUGUGUUCGUGAACAUGAUGGGGUUUAUAAUCUGCAUCAUCAUUUUUGUGCUUGGUCUGUAUUAAACUAUUAUGUAAAGUAAAUAGAUUCAUUAUUUUUGUGUA